CACGUGACCAGCGCUGAGCCAAUCGCAGCGGCCCCUCAUCGCCAUGGCAACCGCCUGUAAACAAGAUGGCGGCGGGCGGAAGAUGCCAGGCUGUCUCCUAGGACCAGGAUUCCAGUGCAAGGGAGCCUCCCCUCCUACUCCAGUGGACAACACUGAAAAGGAACAUGGAGGGUGCAGCUCACACCGACACGGAGCUCGUGUCCCCCGAGGUGGAGCUCACGCCCUCCCUGAUGCAAAAAAUCUCUCUGUUGGAACAAAAAAUAGAGAAACAAGCACAAGAAAUCCAGCUAAAGGACAGGAGGAUUGCUGAACUCGAGGAGAAGAUAAAGACUCUUCAGGAAGGGGAAGGUGCUCCUGACUCAUCCACCCUGGAAGAGCUGGAAGUGAGGUGCCUUCAGCUGCAGACCCAGGUCUGCGAGAUGGAGCGGUUUCUGAAUGACUACGGCCUGAUUUGGGUGGGAGAGACACGAGAUCAGCUGGAAGACACAGAAUCUCUCGGGGAUGAAGAGGAGCUGCUUCCAAGGAGCCUCUGGAAGCCAGGUGAAGCAGUUGUUUCCAAACACCAGAUUGAUUUUGAUUUAAUCUUGGAGAAUGUUAAAUAUUUGAACCUGCUGGCUGGAGAAGGCAGCCCUCAAAUCAAGCACACGCUCCAGGGGGCUCGGCUGAAGCAGCCAGAACCCAUCCCUCUCACCCUGUACCAAAAUGGGAUCGUCAUGUGCAACGGAGCCUUCCGGCCCUAUCAGGACCCAUCCACACAGCAAUGCCUGCAGGACAUCAUGGAUGGGUAUUUCCCUUCAGAGCUGCAGCAGCGCUACCCCGAUGGCGUCCCUUUGCAGGUCACUGACAGAAGGGACGUGGUAUUUGAGGAGAGGGACCUUCCAAGGAGUUUUCCUGGCCAUGGCCAAAUGGUUGGUCAUUCGGAAUCAAACCAAGUGCAGGAAACCACCGAGAUCCCAGGUCCCAAAGCCUCCUUGGAGCAGUUUCCCAACCAGCUUCCCAAGGCCCUGGAACAUGGAGGAGGAGUGGUUGGUGUCCAGGGCUCAACUGGAGCAGCACAGCAGGGCUCUGAUGGGGUGCAGAGCAGCAAAGAGACCCUGGUGGAGACACCCAGGCUGGCUGCCCUGGAGAGGUACAGGGUGAAGAUGACUGAAGAGGCUGAAGCUCCUGCCCCUGGAGUCUGCACUCUCCGUGUCAGGUGCGAGAGCGGGGAGCACACGCACGUUGUGAGGAUGCUCUUCACCGACACCAUCGGGGACCUGCGCCAGCACCUCGCCCGCAUCAGGGGUGGAGACUCCGACUCGUAUGAGAUCAUCAGCACCUUUCCCCAGAGGCUGUACACAGACAACUCCAGGAGCCUGCAGGAAUGUGGGCUGAUCCCCAAUGCCUCCUUGCUGCUGAGGAGAAGAGACCCCUCCCAGCAAGAGGGACAGGGCUGCAAACACCUUAACAGCUCCUCAUCCCAAGCUCUGCAAGGAGAAGGAGCUGCCUCUCACCUGUUAUAACCUUCCCUGGCUGGGAAGAGGUUUUCUUUCCAGAUUUAGUUUCCUUGUGCCAUUACCUGGGAUGGAGAAAAGCCUGGAGCAGUGGUUUAGCCUCUCCCUGUGGCAGAGGGUGCCAGGCCCACUCCUGCUGCCUUGCAGUGGGUGCUAUUCCCCAAGACAGGUGGGCUCCCAACCCAGAGACACUUCCAUGAGCUCACACCUGGGGUCCAGGCCUGGUUCCUCAUUUGUGUGGAGUUACAUGGGCUGAUCCCUGCCCAGGGGAGCCCGCCAGCUUCACGCUGGUACUGGGCUCGGGGACUGUAUAGCAGCAGGACAGACACAC